GAUAACUUUUUGUUUCAUUCAUCAGGUCUUGAAAUCACGUGAUGUGAUGUCUGGAUCUAUAUGUAAGGGUACUAAGAGAAAGGUGUAUUCUUGUAAUACUUGUGCUUGCUGUCGAUUCUGCAUGUUGAAGCUUUUCUUCAGAGAGUAAUUCAAGAUUAUCAUUUUUGGAUACCAAGUUGUUCCAGCCGUUGUAAACUGCCAUGUUCAAAAUAUUCAAGUGCUGUGGUAGAAGCGUUGCGCCUGUGGAGAGUGUCCAGCGUGUAGACGAUGUAGAGAUAAGAGAAAUUUAUACAGAUCUGAAAAACGAAAAUAAAAAGCGAUUGAGGAAAGACAGAGAAGAGAAUGGCGACGAUGACCAAGACGACGACGGCGAUCGUAACUCUAACCUAGCUUGUCAAAAAUUGAAUGAAUUUAUAAUUAAAAAAAGCGACGAUGGAGAAAUUUUAUACCGGUUAAAAAGGUUUCGCUGUAAGACGGACGACAGCGACGAUACAUUGUUACACACAGCGACUCUUUUAGAAGCGGAUGAUCAGUUUAUAGAGCUUUUGAUGACGCAUUGCCCAGAUUUAGCAUUAGUGCCAAGAACGGGAAGUUACGAAGGCCAAACUCCAUUGCACAUUACUCUUGCUCAUAAAAAUCAAAGCGCUACAAAAAUAAUUUUGGAGAACUUGAAGUCGUCAGAAAUGAGGCAAGACGUGCUAGCGGCCAAGGCCACUGGGCCAAAGUUCAAGAACAACGUUAUGAUGGGUGAGACAGCCCUCUCAGUAGCUGUGGUCACUCUGGAUACUGAAAUGGUCGAUCUGUUAAUAGGUUAUAAAGCUUCUAUAAAUCAGGUGAACAGUAAUGGAGACACUGUUGUACAUACGCUGAUAAAAUAUGCAGAACAAGAGCCGGAGAAAAUCCCGGAAGUAAUCAAAAUGUUGGAACACUUAGACCAAAAAAUAAAAGGAAUGGGAAAAUCACACAAAGGCAAAGAAAUAAAUUCAGAAAGUAAACGGUUGGGCAAAGGAAAAGCAAAAAAGAGAAACAAGCAAAUGAUUCAACAAGAUGUACACCUAGAUAAAGAUGACAAUUCUAUAAAGGAACACAACUGCUUAGUCGAAAAUAUUUGGCUUAAGGAGAAUAACGAGCGUAAGACGCCACUUAAGUUGGCUGUUUCCUGUGGCUUGAUCGACCUCUUCAACGCACUGAUGAAACUAGAAGAUGUUUUCUACUUUCCCGCGGACUAUGAUGGCUGCUUUGACAAGAAAUAUUAUGAUAUUACUGAGAUUGAUCACGUGAAUCAAUAUGUUUAUAACAAUAACACAAAUGACCCUAACCCUAACCCUUUGCAUGAGAAUAAAAAAUGGUUCUCUAAAGCGCUAGCAUUAUUCAAGUUCAUUUUUUAUGCCAAUCGGCCCAAGUCUAUUGUUGAAAUGAUAAGCAACGCUGGUUGGAAGCAUGCUCAACCCUUUGUAGAGACAGAAAUAAUUGGAGCUAUAAUAAAAACAAGAUGGAAAAAGUCCAAAUGGUAUUUCUAUAUCUUUGGAGGUUUGCAUUUUUGGGUCAUGUUCUUGUAUACUACAUCUAUUUAUUACAGGAAGAAAGUGAUGAACUCUGCUGAAUGUGACACAGACAGUGAUUGCCGCGUCGCUAAAUCAUACAGUGACGUCGUUCCGUGGGUAUUACUUUGUUACAGCCUGUAUCUUAUCAUCUCUGAACUGAGGAGAAUUUUUGUAUUUCGAUACCCAUUGUUCGAGAGAAUAAAACAUCACAACAAUCUCUUGUACAGAGUGCUUUUAGUCCUAUUUGCGGUCGUCUUGUUUCUUGACUGCUUUCUUUACUAUUUUAAACAUGACAGCAAUGACGUUUUUGUAAUUGUUCUUCUGUCAGGCUGCUGGUUCUUCAUGUUUUUCUUCAAAGGCGCUAAGAAAUUCUCAUCGUACACCGUCCUGUUUCAGAAGGUCCUUUUCGGGGACUUUUUGCGUUUCGGAGCAAUUAUCUGUAUUGAAUUUACAGCUUUCACUUUCGCUAUGUAUAUUGUAGUCAAUGGAAACGGAAAUGUCGAGGAAUUCAGCACUUUUGAAAACACAACUCUCACGAUGUUUGGCUACAUGUUGGGCCUCAAGGAUUUGGACAUACUGGAAAACGUCGAAGUUGGCAGUCAGCGUCUUGUUGCAGUCAUCUACGUUCUUUUCAUCCUAACUACGUAUUUGCUUCUUAUCAAUUCUCUCAUCGCCAUGUUGUCCAACACUUGUGAGGAUUUAUUCAGGGCGAGAAAAUCGCUGGCGAAAAUCCAAAAAUCAACGGUAAUCACAUUUAUUGACGGCUUCAAAUUCACUCGUCAUGUGAUGAACGAUGUGCCGGAGUCUUCAGAGUUUUCGACAAGACUCGUAAGAAAUAGAUAUUAUCUCUUGAUUAAAACUGACGAGACAGGAAAGCAUAUGAAAGAGGAGCUUGGUAAAAGAAAUUUCACAAUAGGAGAAGUACUUCGAAAACAAAUUCAACACAGUUUUAUGGAAGAAAAAAACUGUGAAUCAACUCAGAGAAAUAAUACCAAAACUCCAAAAGUUACUUACAAGUCAAAAAAAACUCAAACAGUUUGGAAAUGUGCUGAGCAAAGUGAACGAAAGAAAAGUUCUGCACAAAGAAUACAUUCUCAAAGGGAGAGUACAAUGUUAUUAGAAACUCAAAUUGUACAGCAAGAGUUAAUGCCCGAGUUCUCCUCUCAUCUACCCCAAACAUCGAGACCAACUGAACAGAGGGACAACGAUUUGUCUUUAGACAUAGAAGACCAAGCUUAACAUUUAAUACAUUGCACGUCUGCUGUGCUUUUUUUUUUUCUCUUAAUUUCAUCGUUGGUCAACGAAAAGUUUUAAAGAAAAAGUUUUGUUAAUUAUAUUUUUUCAUUAAUGAGAGAACUCAGUUCAAUUGUUUGAUCUAGAACAGAAAAAAAACAACAAAAAUGAUUCCACAGAUGCUCAGGAGGAUUGAAAUAGAAAACAACAACGAAUGUCUUUGAGCAAUGACACCAGAAGUAACUGAUCCAUGACUGUCCACACACAGUUUCCCAACUACCAAUUUUUCUAACCACACACAGUUUUCCAACUACCAAUGUUUCUAUCCACACACAGUUUCAGAACUACCAAUGUUUCUAUCCACACAGUUUUCCAACUACCAAUGUUUCUAUCCACACACAGUUUCAGAACUACCAAUGUUUCUAUCCACACACAGUUUCCCAACUACCAAUUUUUCUAUCCACACACAGUUUUCCAACUACCAAUUUUUCUAUCCACACACAGUUUUCCAACUACCAAUUUUUCUAUCCACACACAGUUUCCCAACUAUCAAUGUUUCUAUCCACACACAGUUUACCAACUACCAAUGUUUCUAUCCACACACAGUUUACCAACUACCAAUGUUUCUAUCCAGACACAGUUUUCCAACUACCAAUUUUUCUAUCCACACACAGUUUCCCAACUACCAAUGUUUCUAUCCACACACAGUUUUCCAACUACCAAUGUUUCUAUCCACACACAGUUUCAGAACUACCAAUGUUUCUAUCCACACACAGUUUCAGAACUGCCAAUGUUUCUAUCCACACACAGUUUUCCAACUACCAAUUUUUCUAUCCACACACAGUUUCAUAACUACCAAUGUUUCUAUCCAGACACAGUUUCAGAACUACCAAUGUUUCUAUCCAGACACAGUUUACCAACUACCAAUGUUUCUAUCCACACACAGUUUCAGAACUACUAAUGUUUCUAUCCACACACAGUUUCAGAACUACCAAUGUUUCUAUCCACACACAGCUUCAGAACUACCAAUGUUUCUAUCCAGACACAGUUUUCCAACUACCAAUGUUUCUAUCCACACACAGUUUCAGAACUACCAAUGUUUCUAUCCACACACAGUUUCAGAACUACCAAUGUUUCUAUCCAGACACAGUUUUCCAACUACCAAUGUUUCUAUCCACACACAGUUUCAGAACUACUAAUGUUUCUAUCCACACACAGUUUCAGAACUACUAAUGUUUCUAUCCACACACAGUUUCAGAACUACCAAUGUUUCUAUCCACACACAGUUUCAGAACUACCAAUGUUUCUAUCCACACACAGUUUCAGAACUACUAAUGUUUCUAUCCACACACAGUUUCAGAACUACCAAUGUUUCUAUCCACACACAGUUUCAGAACUACCAAUGUUUCUAUCCACACACAGUUUUCCAACUACCAAUGUUUCUAUCCACACACAGUUUCAGAACUACUAAUGUUUCUAUCCACACACAGUUUCAGAACUACCAAUGUUUCUAUCCACACACAGUUUCCCAACUACCAAUGUUUCUAUCCACACACAGUUUCAGAACUACCAAUGUUUCUAUCCACACACAGUUUCAGAACUACCAAUGUUUCUAUCCACACACAGUUUCAGAACUACCAAUGUUUCUAUCCAGACACAGUUUACCAACUACCAAUGUUUCUAUCCAGACACAGUUUACCAACUACCAAUUUUUCUAUCCACACACAGUUUCCCAUUUUCCAUUUUUUUUUCUUUUCAGACACUAUUUCCAAAGUCUCAAUCUCAAAGACAAACUCUGUCAAAAACUGUAUUCUCAGGAUACCUCAUCUUUAUAUAUUUUUUUAUUAACAGAUAGUGGACCCUCAUCAUUACAGUUGUAGAAAUAGAUAUUUGACUUUCAUCAUUACAGUUGUUAAAAUAAUUUAAAAUAUCUGACCCUGUCAGCCGUGACAGACCCUUAUUAUUACAGUUGUUAAAAUAGAUAUUUGACUGUCAUUAUUACAGUUGUUAAAAUAAAUAUUUGACUGUUAUUAUUACAGUUAUAUACGGAGAUAUUGCACCUCAUCAUUACAGUUGCAAAAAUAGAUGUAUGUCCUUUAUUAUUACAGUUGUAGAAAUGGAUAUUGGACCCUGAACAUUACAGAUGCGAAUGAAAAACUAAAGAACAUGUUUCAAAACAAUAUUGAUGCCAUUUGCUUAACCUCUUAAUAUUCGUAUUUUUCUGAAAUCUAUGAACAUGGAUGUAUGAGGCGAUAUAAUUUUGUGUUAGGUAACGUCUGUUAUUUACUAGACAGUAUAUAUUGCAAUCAAUGUUGUAUUAAGGAAACAAUAAAUGUCAAGUUAAUAAGA